CCCCAGGACCUGCGUGAGAGACGGGGCGUUUGCCGCCAGGGUGAGCGGCUUCUAGGCCUGAGCCCAGGGCGAGCCCCGACCCGAGGCUGCUGCCCCGCGCGGGCAGUUCGGGAGCUUCCGCCUGCGGAGCGCGGCCGGCGGAGGCACGGCCCCCAGAAUCUCCGAGGCCUGGGCGAGACGUGCAGCCGAACAAGGCAGGUCGGGCAUUUAGUUCCCGAUGGCCCCAGGCCCCAGCCGCCCUCCUGCUUCCCCCGACGGUUCCCAGCGCGCAACCUGCCCGGCCCCUGCCGGCUGUCAGUGAAGGUGAGGAAUUGUUUCCUCCCCUUACCGUCGCCACUGCCCUCCGAAGUGGCAGGUGUAACGAUCUGUUUUCCUCAAGAAGGGAGUUGCUGGCUUCUCCAAAGGCAGAGCCAGGACGGGCACCCAGGUCUUUGGUGUCUGUGCCCAUUCCUUCCCGCCACAGGAGAACUGGUUUCCCCUUUCCGAAGCAAUUUUCUCUAAUAUCUGAUUCCUUGACAGGAGGAGAAGGAACAUGGUGACAAAAACUUGGCGGUGGAGAAAAGUUGUCGCGUGCACGCAGUGGGGUUAGAGUGGAUGACUGGGGCGCACCGUGCGGGAACCUGGUGCACCCUCGCUUGCUGUGGGAGCAAGUUGCUUCCACUCUGCCCUCAGUUUCCUGAUCUAUAAACUGGGGGUGCUGACGAUGCCAGCAGUGCUGUGGGACUAAACGGUGUGGGUGGUGCCUGGCUCAGUGAGUCCCUGCUGCUGCUGCUGCUGCUGCUGCUGCUGCUGCUGCUGCUGCUGCUGCUGCUGCUGCUGCUGCUGCUGCUGCUGCUGCUGCUGCAGGAGGCCUACGUUCUUUUUCUCUGCGCCAGGGGAAGAGUUGGGGCCUGGACCAGGGUGGCCCAGCCCUUCUCUCUGGUCCUGCCUGCUCCUAGCUCCUCCUGACGUCCCUCUCUGAGGGCACAGGUGUCAUUCUCAGCUGAUGGAAGGAUUUGAGAGCUAGUGAUUCUGAGGGGUGGAAAGAAGAAGGGGUGCUCCCUCCUGGCUCCCUUUUCUUUCAGAUCUGCCUUCUGUGACUGCACCAUCCUCAGGGGGAGGAGCCCAGAGGACAUGGCUACUGAACAGAGGGAAGCAAGGUCUCAGGUGUCAGUGACGUUCGAGGAUGUGGCUGUGCUCUUUACGCGGGACGAGUGGAGAAAGCUGCGUCCUUCUCAGAGGAGCUUGUACCAGGAUGUGAUGCUGGAGAACUACGGUCACCUGGUCUCACUGGGAUUCCCACUUUCCAAACCCAAAGUGAUCUCCCUGCUGCAGCAAGGCGAAGAGCCCUGGAAGGUCGAGGAAGGAAGUCGCAGAGGCUCCUGGCUGGGAUGGAAGAGUAGUCAUAAAACCACAAAGUCAACUCAAACACAAGAUUCUUCAUUUCAGCAGCUGAUAAUGACACGUUCCAAAAGGAAUGGACCCUGGGACUUCAAAUUAGAAAAACCCUGCAUAUAUGAAGACGAAUUAGAGAAAAAACAGGAGAAAAAGGAAAGUGUUCAGAUACUUUCAGUCACCCACAAAAAAAUCUUUACUGUAGAAAGAAGAUAUAAAAAUACUGAAUUUGGCCAAAACUUCAGCCCAAAGUCAGUUCUUGUUAGGCAACAGGUGGUUCCCAGAGAAAAAACACCACCAAAAUGCGAAAUGCAAGGAAACAGUUUUAAACAGAAUUUAAAUUUACUUAAUCAACCAAAAAUUAACACAGCAGAGAAACGCUAUAAAUGUAGUAUGUGUGAGAAAACUUUCAUUAACACUUCAUCCCUUCGUAAACAUGAGAAAAACCAUAGUGGAGAGAAAUUAUUUAAAUGUAAAGAAUGUUCAAAAGCCUUUAACCAAAGUUCAGCUCUUAUUCAACAUCAAAUAACCCAUACUGGAGAGAAACCCUAUGUAUGUAAAGAAUGUGGGAAAGCCUUUACUCUUAGUACAUCCCUUUAUAAACAUCUAAGAACCCAUACUGUGGAGAAAUCCUAUAGAUGUAAAGAAUGUGGUAAAUCUUUCAGUCGAAGGUCAGGCCUUUUUAUACAUCAAAAAAUCCAUGCGAAAGAAAACCCCUAUAAAUAUAAUCCAGGUAGGAAGGCAUCUAGUUGCAGCUCAUCCCUUCCUGGUUGUCAGAGAACUCAUCUCAGAAAGAAGUCUUAUUUAUGUAAUGAAUGUGGCAACACUUUUAAAUCUAGCUCAUCCCUUCGUUAUCAUCAGAGAAUUCACACAGGAGAGAAACCUUUUAAAUGUGGGGAAUGUGGGAGAGCCUUCAGUCAGAGCGCCUCUCUUAUUCAACAUGAAAGAAUUCACACUGGAGAAAAGCCCUAUAGAUGUAAUGAAUGUGGAAAAGGCUUCACAUCUGUUUCACGACUUAAUAGACACCGAAUAAUUCAUACUGGAGAGAAAUUGUAUAAUUGUAAUGAAUGUGGUAAAGCCUUAAGUUCCCACUCGACACUUAUUAUUCACGAGAGAAUUCACACUGGAGAGAAACCAUGUAAGUGUAAGGUGUGUGGGAAAGCCUUCCGACAGAGUUCAGCUCUCAUCCAGCACCAGAGGAUGCACACCGGAGAGAGACCCUAUAAAUGCAGUGAAUGUGAGAAAACCUUCAGGUGUAACUCAUCCCUUAGUAAUCACCAGAGGAUUCAUACAGGAGAGAAACCUUAUCGAUGUGAGGAGUGUGGAAUAUCUUUUGGCCAAAGUUCAGCUCUUAUUCAACAUCGGAGGAUUCAUACAGGAGAGAAACCCUUUAAAUGUAAUACAUGUGGGAAAACAUUUAGACAAAGCUCAUCACGUAUUGCCCAUCAGAGAAUUCAUACUGGAGAGAAACCUUAUGAGUGUAAUACAUGUGGGAAACUUUUCAAUCACAGGUCAUCUCUUACUAAUCAUUACAAAGUUCAUAUAGAAGAGAACCCCUAGAAAGUAGAUUUGCAUGUGUGAAAGCCUUAAACCAAAGCUCGUCGGAAUACAUGAGAGUGAUGUAAUAAAUGUAAUGGAUUUGAAAACUUUUCUAUAAUUUACUCAUCAGACAUUAAAUUCCAAGGAUAAAUCUUGGCUAUGUAAUAAUAAGGGAAGGGGAAAGUGUUCACAUCUGUCAUACACUUUAAAAUAGCCUGAGAUGAAGAAUUCACAAUUGAAGACAUUGACUUGGGGCAUUUGUAAAAUAAAAUAAUUACUUUCUCUCUCUAGUGGUGUACACCAGAUAUCAUGUGAUUGUCAUAAACAUCUGGGCCAGCAGAGUGUGCACUGGGUUUCUCAAAACAAACAAACAAACAAAACCAACCUAUAAGCUGGUAAUACUGUUUUUAAGUAACAUUUUAAUAGCAUAUAAAAGAUGUGAUCAAAGAAAUUAUACAUUUUUAAAGGAAAGGACCAAAUAAAAGAUAAAAAUGAACUGUAAACUACCUCUUGGUUUCUGGGAUUUGUCCUUUUCCUGGCCUGAUGGCAAACUUUGUGCAUGAAUUUUAUUUAAAACUAGAAAUAAAAGUCUGUUCUCUUCUUCCUUUGUUCUUCAAA